UGCUUGAAAUUGUGAUCGGUUAGAUGAUUGGUCGCUUAGACUCCUAAGAAAAACCUCUCUACAAGAUAAGUUCCCUACUUGUCAACACUAUUGCUAGCUCUAGUUUAGGAGUGAAACGCCACCACCAAUGAUGAAGAUGGUAGAAAUCGCCAUGCCCACCAACCUCCACAUCAAGCCCACUCUCACUUUUAACCCUUCUGCUUCCAUCUCAACAUGGAAUCUAAGAAAGAAACCAAGGGAAACAACAAAAAGGAAACUUGGUGCUGUUUUUGCUUCCAUUUCUUCUUCUUCUUCUUCUUCUUCUUCUUCUUCUCAUGACACCAUUGGUGAGGAAUUGUGGCCAAGAAGUGAACUUUGUGGGAGUAACAAGGAAAAGAGAGCAAGCAAGAAAAGGGUAUUCUUUUUGGACGUGAACCCACUUUGUUAUGCAGGAAGUACACCUAGCUUGCAUUCUUUUGCUCACUGGAUUUCUCUUUUCUUCUCUCAAGUUAGCCUCACUGACCCUGUUAUUGCUGUUCUUGAUGGAGAUGGAGGAAGUGAGCAUCGUAGACAGUUGUUACCUUCGUAUAAAGCACAUAGGAGGAAAUUCUCAAGAAAAUCAUCAGCACCGAAAAAAUAUCCUGCUGAAAGGUCUCAUGUUGUCAUGGAUGUUCUUACAAAAUGCAAUGUUCCAGUUGUAAAAAUUGAAGGUCAUGAAGCAGAUGAUGUUGUUGCGACACUUGCAGGACAAGUUCUACAAAACGGACAUAAAGUGGUUAUUGCCUCUCCUGAUAAAGAUUUCAAGCAACUUAUUUCUGAAGAUGUACAGAUUGUUUUGCCUAUUGCAGAGUUAAAUAGAUGGUCCUUUUACACCCUAAAGCACUACAUCUCUCAGUAUAAUUGUGAUCCGUGCUCUGAUCUGAGCCUUAGAUGCAUUAUGGGUGAUGAGGUUGAUGGUGUACCUGGUAUACAAAAUGUGGCUCCUGGAUUCGGUCGAAAGACUGCUCUAAAGCUUUUGAAAAAGCAUGGUUCAUUACAAAAUUUACUAGAUGCAGCAGCAGUACGAACUGUGGGUAAACAAUACGCCCAAGAUGCCUUAACAAAGCAUUCUGAUUACCUGCGAAGGAAUUAUGAAAUUCUUGCACUGAGGAGGGACGUUGAUGUUCAGCUAAAAGAGGAAUGGUUGGUUGAAAGAGACAGAUGCAAUGAUUCAAUUAUUUUAUCCAACUUCUUCAAGUUGUUGGAACAAAGCAAAAGACCUACCUACCAAAGUGGUUCACAUUGUAAAAUUGAUUAAGCCCCCAUUGGUAAGCUUUGAAGUUUCAAUACGAUAAGUUGAAGAUCAUUUCACCAGUAUCACUGACAAACAUCCUGAUAUUCAUGAAGACAGCCAUGGUAUGGAUGGUUUGAAUGUGAAAAAUCUAGAAACGGGAGAACACACAGAGAGAUGGGAGGAAAAAGUAUAGAACUUUCAGAAGUUGCUACUAACACAUAUAUAAUGCUUAAACAGAUAGCUUUAUGUCAGAAAUCUUAUAUCAGGUAGUCAUAAUGUCUCAGUAAAGCAAACAGUGAGCUUGAAAACGAAUAGUUUAGCAACUGGUACGGUGAAGACCACGGCCCCAUAUGCAAGAGAGCUGCAGGAGCAUGAUUAUGGUGUAUAGAGAAGUGGCUGUUGCAUCUGUGGUUCCACACAUGGCUACUCCAGCAAUAUACAGCCGAUGUUGUCUUUUUUUUUUUCUUUUGGUGCCCUCUCCCACUCCACUGAGACACAAUGUUCUUAGCUACUUGGCACACAGGAGAAGGUUAACUCAACAGGAUUGCAAGCUAUAUAGUUAAACAACAUUCUUGUAUUGGAAUUUGGAAAGACACUGUCUAUAGGUUAUGCAGUUUUCUAAUGAUGGAAGGCAACUGUCUCUUUUACCAAGGACAACUCUAUUGUGGUUUUGGGAAGUUAGGACCCCAUUUCAGUCUAUAAUUUUCCAAAGAGAACUGUAAUUUUUAUUAAAUGCAAUAGUGCGUGCGGAUGCAAUGCGAAUUCUCUCA